AUGAGAUCUGCGAUUCAAAACUUGGGUGGACACUUUGGGCGACGCGUCGCGUUGACGUCAUUGCACGAAGCUAAGGGCCGGCCGCAUCGACGUCAUUGCGAUUUGGUGAAACAGUUGCUGCCAUUGACUCAAAGGAACCCCAGCACUUUGAGUAGGAUCAUGUCGUGCGCAGACGCAACGUCGCGAGCGGCAGCUGCCUUCGACAUCUUGGAUGUCGAUGGCGAUGGCAUUCUGGGGCAGGAGGACAUAUCGAUGGCUCUGGAAAUGUGUGGCUUUGAAGCAGAGGCAGCAACUAUAGCAGACUUGGCUGCCGGAAAGACAAAGGCGUCGCAAACGAAAGGCGUUCCAAUGGAUAGUGGAGCCUUCGAAGCCCUGGUGAAGCAACACAGCAGGGAAGUGGUGACGUGGAAGAGAGAUGUAUUGGCACAAGCAGUGACGGCUUUCGGAGAUCCAGACUUUGUGGAUGCGGAUCACCUGACAGAAGGCCUUUGUAAGCUAGGCUUGGGUGCCACGAAGAAGGAGGCGUUGGAAAUGCUGAAAGAUUUUGACAAGGAUGCGGAUGGCAAGCUGUCUCGGGAUGAGUUGGUGGAAAUGCUAGGCUGUGCAUGA